ACUACUGCUUACUAUAUAAAUGGUACUAGAAUGUCAACAUGAUGGUUGGAAUACAACACAGAAAGUAAGAUGCUUAAUGGGCAGAACAUGCAAACUGGGCUACCUGGAUUGGAUUAUAGCAAUCCUACUUAGCUGCAUGCCAAUACCUGCAUUUCCUGCUUGUAUUCUCAUGUAAUUUUUACAUUACAUAUUGUUUAUCUUAAUAUUGAGACAGAGAAAUGAUAACUGUUAACUUCAUGUCUUCCCUUAGCAUCAGUUCUGACCAUGAAUGGAAGCACAGUUUCUGAGUUUAUUUUGCUGGGCUUCCACUUCCCCUGCUCUGUUCAGACCUACCUCUCCACUCUAGUCCUGGCUUGCUAUGCCGUCACUCUUCUGGGCAACUGCUUGAUUUUGGCAACUGUUCUGUCUGAGCCUCAUCUCCGAAACUCUCCCAUGUAUUUCUUCCUCGCCAAUCUGAGCCUUACUGACAUGACCUUUGCUUCGGUAGCAGCCCCCAAAUUUGCAGCAGAUCUGUUGAAGUGUGGCCAUUCCAUCUCCUAUGCAGGCUGCAUGGGGCAGUUGUUCUACCUCCACCUUUUUGGAGGAGCCGAGAUGCUUCUCCUCUCCGUUAUGGCCUACGACCGUUAUGUGGCCAUCUGCCACCCGCUGAGAUACGGGGCCAUCAUGGACCGGCAGUAUUGCUUCAAAAUGCUUGCUGUCUGUUGGACAGGAGGCUUCCUUCACUCCACCAUCCACGCAGCAGUGCUUGCCCACUUGCCCUUUUGUGGACCCAAUGUCCUCGAUAACUUCUACUGUGAACUUCCAGAGGUGCUUAAGCUUGCUUGCAUGGAUAUCUAUGCUUCUGAGGUCAUCACAAUAGUGAACAGUGGCUUGAUAACUCUACCGUGUUUUUUGACCCUGCUGAUCUCUUAUUCCAUGAUCCUGACCACUGUGUGUAGCCGUUUUGGGAAAGGUGGAGCGAAGGCUUUGUCCACUUGCGGUUCCCACUUAAUGGUGGUCAGCCUCUUCUAUGUGCCCUGCAUUAUUGUGUAUUUGAAACCUUUCUCCAACUCCCAGAAGAACAAAGUGGUUUCCACAUUUUACAUGCUUGCUACACCAGCCCUCAAUCCUUUCAUCUACACGCUGAGGAACCAAGAAAUCAAAGAAGCCAUGAGGAAGCUGAAACAUAAAUGUAAGCUCCUUUUGGUACCUCAAAGGGAAUAG